CAAAUUCCUUAAAGGGAGGACUGAGGAGUCAAUGGGCUACCAGGCUCAGGGACAAAAAGAAGAGGUCUCACUCGGGACCUGAGCCAAGAGCACAGCAUCAGCCAGAGAACUGCUCCUCUCCUGAUUCUACCUCCGAGGCACCUGCGUCAGAGGCCUGACCUGUGGCCAGGACUUUUCACAGCAGUCCCAGCAGGCCCUUCAAGACUGAUCUUGGUAGACACAAACAGCCAGUGGUGCUGCUCUCCUGUGCUGGUGGAAACACUGAACACAUGGAAAAGUUUGGGAAAUUUAUCCAGAAACUCAGCAAAAAUAGGAAGAAAUUUCAGCUUGAAGGUUAAGAUGGCUACUGGGGAAAUACAUUUAUCUAUUGACGCAGAAUCUGACUACGCUGAGCUGGUUUUAGAUGCAAAAAAAGUUACCCUUGGAGAGAAGGCUAGAAGCAACAUGAAUGAUCAUACACUGAAAAAACAACAGAAAAACACUAUCUUACGAGCUACAUCUGCUCUACUGAAGUGUGCAGGGGGAAUAAUCAAGAUGGAGAUUGAAAAUGAAGACUAUAGGUAUUCAGAAUGUGGAAUAGGACACGAUUUGGAAGAACGUUUUGAACAUAUGGUGCCAGAUGUUGAAAACUACUUUAAUUUCAUGCAGAAAGAAAACAACUUUUUCAUAUUUGUGAAGUCAGGUAUACAUGAUCAGCGAUAUGGAACCUUGAGCACCAAUAUGUACAGAAGGAAUUUGUCGCGUACAGAUAAAAUGAGUGAGGAUUCUGCCCUGAUGUUCCUCAAGGAACUGAAGAAAACUGAAGGGAGGUCAUAUUCAACACUGACGAUGCCUGCUGACAGAGAUUUUGUUGAUGAUAGAGACAGCAAAGACUUAGCUGCUAAAUUUUUUAACAGUGAACUACUUACAUACCAAGGAAAAAUUCCUUUUGGUGAAUCCACUCAUGUUGAAUGUAAGUCAUUCUUGACAAAAUGGUCAAAACAACGCAUUAUAGAAAUUGUUCCUAAGUAUGUUUCUGCAUUUGCAAAUACUGAUGGUGGAUAUUUGUUCAUUGGUUUAGAUGAAAAGACGCAAACAAUAAUUGGCUUGAAAAAAGGCAUGAAUAACCUCCCAGAGAUAAAAAGAAAAAUAGAAGAGGACAUUCCAAAACUGCCUGUCUAUCACUGCUGCAAGGAGAAGAAGAAGAUAAAUUACACAUGCAAAUCCAUCGAAGUUCACAACAAGGAAGGUCUUUAUGGCUAUGUUCUCGCAAUCAGAAUAGAGAGAUUCUGCUGUGCUGUGUUUGCUAAAGAACCCGAUAGCUGGCAUGUGAAAGAUAACCGCGUGGUGCAGAUGACUUCCACGGAAUGGGUGGAGUUCAUGAUGGAAGGUGAAUCUGGUUAAAGAAGGGGGCUUAGCAAUAAGGAGUUGAGGGUGGUGGGACAGUUUUCUCUUUGCGACGUGGACCACAAUCAAAAGUUUUCAAGUUAUGAUUUGAAAACUUGGUUUUCUUUCUCUGGUUCACUAUUCUCAGUGGUUCACUACCUCUUGGUUUCUUUUACCCACUUAGAAGAUAAUGCUCUAGAGCAAGCCAUUAUUUACCUUCAGUGCCUCUGUGUUACAGUGAGCUUCUGUCACAAUAGUAAAUAUUUGAGAUGAUCAAUUUAAACAGAGUAAAGGUUUAUUUUGACCCACAGGCUUGGAGCUUCCAGUCUGUACCCACCUGGCUGUGCUAUGUUAGUGACAAUUGUAUAACCCUGGCAACAUGGGGCAGAGCAAACCUACUUACCUCACAGCGAGUGUGGGGAAGAGGAAGGAGAAGGACAAGGUGCCAGGGUCCCACAAUCCGUUUUUUAUGGGGAAAAGACGGAAGAAGAAGAAGCCAUAGUCCCCUAAUCUAAUGGCGUUCUGAGCCUCCAGCAGAAUUUCCUGUUAUAAUCUGGUUACAAAUUCUGUACUUUUUCAAAGACCUCCCACUAUACCCCUCCUCCUAAAUGCUCUCCCAGCUCCCAGUAGCGCCAUCCCAGAGAGUAAGCAAGCCUUUCCCAGAUGGACCUCUGUGUGUCAUUUAACAUCCAAACUACAGCAUCUUACCCUAAGUUCCCCAAUAUUUUUGUCCAUUGAAUGAAGCACAGUGCAUUUAUGCAUUCCCAAGAAACCUAAAAUCUUCAUUAUCUUGACUUUUCUUCAAUAUCUAAAUGUAAAAUCUUCUCUGAAACUCAAGGUAAACUCAGCUUGGAAGUCUUUGGUGGGGGGAAUAAAAGAGUCAUAUUUACAUGAUAAUGAUGGAUAGGUACAGGGAAAAUGUUCCCAUUGCAAAAGGAGGAAUAGAAGAAUAACAAAGACUUACAAGACCAAAGCAAAACCAAAACUCAACAGGGCAAACAUGAAACAUUUCAGCCUAUGUCAAGCAUCAGGGCACGCUGUCCCUAUGGCUUUGCUGCAUGCAGCACACAGGACCACUCUUACCCUUGCUUUGCCCACUGCGUGCAGCUUUCCAUGGCAAAAGUUCUUCAUUGUUGGUGCCACUUCCUCCCUGGCAUCUCCAUUCCAGCUCUGACUUCACUCUCAUGGCUCCAUAGAUUGUUCUCUUGUUCUACUUGUAGGGACUACACAGUGCUUCACACUGUGUGGCCUCCGUUGAUAUCUUGGAUUUCCGUUGAUAUCUUGAUGGAAGCACACAUGAUCCCGUAACUCUUCAUGCCUGCUGGUUUUAUGAGGAUGAAGCCAAGAUCUACCACCCGGCCAGUCUGUGCCUGAGGCCUCUGGAACCACACUUGCAGCUGGUUCUGAAUGUGUUGCUAGCUGAACAAGGAAGACAAAUUCCAAGGGAAACAGUUUCUUAAAUUUUCCCAAGUGGGCAGAUUGCCCCAUGGCUCCUUCCUCAAACUAAUAUUUUUGAAACAAAUUUUUCAUUUUGUGAAUUCCUGAGAUGUCCUCAAAGUAUCAUUCCUAUUGUCCCUGUGUAAAGCCCUUGACUUCUUUUUAUGGACAGUAAUCACUUUGACAACUUGUGCUCCUUGCCUAAGACUUCAUAUAUAUGCUACCUUUUUGGCCAAAUUGCAAGGUUUUCAUAUCUUUCUGGUCUCUUGUUUUUUAUCUUCAUUCUCUUUGUAAAUUUGGCUAAAAGUAGCUGGCAAUACCCAUGCAUUGACUGAGAGCAUUGCUCCAAUUAAAUUUCUCCCAGGAUGUAAACCAGACUCACCGUCCAAUUCAUCCUCCAAUCAAGUCUCAAAGCAGGGACAAAUGCAUUCAACUUCCUUGUCACCAAGUAAUAAGAGUAAAUGUCUUUCCCAGUUUCCAA